CCGCGACAGGUUCUCUGGUCGCUUCCUCAACUCUCCAAAUGGCGAGCGACCCUUCGAUCGUGCGGAUACGCGAGUACAAGAAAGACCAAGUCGACUUUGUCUUGGAAAAUGUCGACCUCGCAUUUGCGAACUCCUUCCGGAGAGUCGUAAUGGCGGACAUACCCACCGUUGCGAUCGACAUGGUGGAAGUCGAGACGAACACGACCGUACUCCCGGACGAGUUCAUCGCGCACCGGUUGGGGAUGAUCCCACUGCUCUCGCACAACUGUGACGACGGUAUGCGAUACACCCGAGACUGCACAUGUCUAUCGUGGUGUCAAUUCUGCGCGGUCGAGUUGAAACUGAACGUUGCCUGUAACGAGAUGGUGACCAUGGACAUCACAAGUGCCCACUUGGACGUUACCGGCCCAAGACCAACGGAUCAGAACUGGAACGAGGACGAUGGCGGGGAGGAGGUCAGCAAACGCUUAGAUACUUUCGGGCACCCAGUCGGCAAAGACGACCCGGACGCUCCCCCCGUUCUCAUCUGCAAAAUCCGCAAGGGGCAGGAACUCCGCCUCCGCUGCAUCGCGAAGAAGGGCAUCGCAAAAGAGCACGCAAAGUGGUCGCCCUGCUCCGCCGUCGCCUUCGAGUACGACCCGCACAACAAGCUCCGGCACACGUCCUACUGGUACGAGAGCGACGCGCGCGCGGAGUGGCCGCUGAGCGAGAAUUCGAAGGAGGAGGAGCCCCCGCGGGAAGACGAGCCGUUCGACUACCAGGCGAAGCCGAACAAGUUCUACAUGAACAUCGAGACGGACGGCAGUCUGGGGCCGCAGGAGGUCGUUAUGCGGGGCCUGCAUCACCUCAGAGCAAAACUGGGCGGUCUAAUCCUGGGUCUGAACACCGCCAACGGCACCGGGGAGCCUCAGCCAUCUGAGGAAUCUGCUCAAGCAGUGAGCGGCGGAGGGAGCGCGGGUAGUCCCGCCGGAUGGGGAGGGAGUGCAGCAGGGAGCGGGGGCAGUCCCACUGGAUGGGGAGGGAGUGCGGCAGGGAGCGGGGGAGGAGGCGGGGCUAGUCCUGGAUGGGGAACUGGUGGUGGUGGUGGUGGUGGUGGUGGUGGUGGUGGUAGUUGGGGCACCGGCGCAAGUCCACAAGGGCAGACAAAUGGAUGGAACACGUAG